UUCAAAAGCGGAUCAAAUUUGUGGGACAUGGCACAAGGAAAUAAUUAUGGGCAAAGCAGCAACGGGGUGGCUGAUGAAUCCCCAAACAUGCUGGUGUACAGAAAGAUGGAAGACGUCAUAGCCCGCAUGCAAGAUGAGAAAAAUGGGAUUCCUAUUCGUACAGUCAAAAGUUUUCUUUCCAAGAUCCCAAGUGUCUUUUCAGGUUCAGACAUUGUUCAAUGGUUAACGAAGAAUUUAUCUAUAGAAGACCCAGUGGAAGCUCUGCAUUUGGGAACACUGAUGGCAGCACAUGGCUAUUUCUUUCCAAUCUCAGACCAUGUUCUAACACUAAAGGAUGAUGGCACCUUUUAUCGAUUCCAGACACCCUAUUUUUGGCCAUCAAAUUGUUGGGAGCCGGAAAACACAGACUAUGCCGUUUACCUCUGCAAGCGGACAAUGCAAAACAAAGCAAGGCUGGAGCUAGCAGACUAUGAAGCUGAGAGUUUGGCCAGGCUACAGCGAGCAUUUGCUCGGAAAUGGGAGUUUAUUUUUAUGCAAGCUGAAGCACAAGCAAAAGUGGACAAGAAGAGAGACAAGAUAGAGAGGAAGAUUCUUGACAGCCAGGAGCGAGCAUUCUGGGAUGUGCACCGGCCGGUGCCUGGAUGUGUAAACACUACUGAAGUGGAUAUAAAAAAAUCUUCAAGAAUGAGAAAUCCACAUAAAACAAGAAAGUCUGUCUACGGCUUACAAAAUGACAUUCGAAGUCACAGCCCUACCCACACACCAGUACCAGAGACUAAGCCACCCACCGAAGAUGAACUACACCAAGAGAUUAAGCACUGGCAAAUGCAAUUAGACAGACAUAGAUUAAAAAUGUCAAAAGUUGCAGAGAGUCUAUUAGCUUAUACAGAGCAGUAUUUGGAAUAUGAUCCUUUUCUUGUGCCCCCUGAUCCCUCAAACCCUUGGAUAUCAGAUGACACCACUUUCUGGGAACUGGAGGCAAGCAAAGAGCCAGGACAGCAGAGGGUGAAACGAUGGGGAUUUGGCAUGGAUGAAGCUUUGAAAGACCCUGUGGGAAGAGAGCAGUUUCUCAAAUUCCUGGAGUCAGAAUUCAGUUCAGAAAAUUUAAGGUUCUGGUUAGCAGUAGAAGACCUGAAGAAGAGGCCUAUCCGUGAAGUUCCUGCUCGCGUCCAAGAAAUCUGGCAAGAAUUUCUUGCUCCAGGUGCAGCCAGCGCUAUCAAUCUAGAUUCAAAAAGUUAUGACAAAACCACGCAGAAUGUAAAGGACCCUGGAAGAUACACGUUUGAAGAUGCUCAGGAGCACAUUUACAAACUGAUGAAAAGUGAUUCUUAUCCUCGUUUUAUACGAUCCAGUGCCUACCAGGAGCUGCUACAGGCCAAGAAAAAGGCUGGAACCCCACAUUCAUUUUUCCGAGGAGCCAGGAGCCACCUUGAACCGGGGAACUUCUGUAGCGCUUUGAGAGUAACCAUUCACAAAGACCUUACAGCUCUGAACUACAGCACGCAUAAAGAACACUUUUUUUCUAGCAACUACAAAAUGCUGCAAUAAGCUUUGCUCAGAUGAAACCUCUAUUAGCGGUAGUGGAGCUUUGUGUAAGCCACCAAGGAUUUGACUCUCAGAUAAUUGUGAUUAUACGUUCUCUUCAGAACAACUUGUAUUAUUUAAGAAGAAAAUCAAACUCCAAUCAAGCUGUUCAGAGGCUUUGAAAUAUUCAGAUGUAGAGCUCCCAGCUUCCCUGUUUUAGCCAUUGGGG